AUGCAGUCAUCGCAACGGUUAUAUCCCGGCUUAAAUACGAUUACAUCUACUGCUACAAUGACACGUUACUCACCUACCGGAACCGGAGCAACAACGGCAGCAGCUGCAUACCGUACCCGAAUGCCUAGUAACUUUCAAACGAAUUCAAUUUUUGGCACUUUCGAUGAUACGUUAUUUCAAGCAAGAGCAGCACAAGCUGCCCUUGCUGAAAUUGACGUUAAAAAUGUCAAUAUGGCUGCUAGUGGGAUGCUUCGACCAUCAGAUAUGUUCACCUAUCAUUCUACCGCAGCAUCACAUUUGCCAUCAUCGGGUGAAUUUGAUUCAUCUUCAAUUUCACAGAGUUCAAUUAUUGACUCAUCUAUGAAUCAUGCUGCCGACUCAAUGGCGUCAUUACAGCAUGUAAUGGCAAUGCAACACUAUCCAACUGCACAAUUUUCCCAAUAUCCAAUUCCGUCACCGUUUGCAACCGCUACUGCAGUUGUUGCAUCACAAAAUGCUGCUGCUGCUGCUGCCGCCGCAAUGCCAAUAUACCCAUUAUCAGCUCAAGCUACAGAAUUGGACACAGAUCCACGUGAAUUGGAACGUUUUGCGGAACAUUUUAAGCAAAGGCGUAUUAAAUUAGGCGUAACUCAAGCUGAUGUUGGGAAAGCUCUCGCACAUCUAAAGAUGCCAGGUGUUGGUUCUUUAAGUCAAUCAACGAUAUGCCGAUUCGAAAGUCUUACUUUGUCGCAUAACAAUAUGGUGGCGCUGAAACCUAUUUUGCAUUCAUGGCUUGAAAAGGCCGAAGAAGUAACAAAAACGAAAGAUAUGGCAGGUGAUGCACAAGGUAUUUUACCAAAUAUGGAUAAGAAAAGGAAGCGAACUUCUAUUGCCGCACCCGAAAAACGUUUGCUAGAAGAUUAUUUUCGACAACAGCCUCGACCGAGUGGUGAACGAAUUUCAGCAAUAGCCAAUAAACUCGAUUUAAAGAAAAAUGUUGUCAGAGUAUGGUUUUGUAAUCAACGACAAAAGCAAAAAAGAUGUCGAAAUCAAAAUGUGAGUACGCCACGGAUGGUAGGAGCCAAUAUCAAAUGUUCACCAUUUUCAAGCGGUUAUUUUGACUGA